AAUGAACAUGUAUCAGUAUAUGUAUGUGAGGUAGCUGUGUGACAGUGUGAGGUACAAAUCACAUUUUCUCCUCAUCCUCUUCUUCUUCUAGGGUCCCUCUCUCUCUCUCCUUCAUUAUCUCUGUAUACAGAGUAUAUAUUUAGAGGGAUCCCUCUUCUGAGCAGCCUGAAAAACUUGGGUCUUUGGAUUCUUGAAAGUACAGACCUUUACAUGUACAAAAAGUACAUUCAGUUCUUCACAUUUGUUUGACACUUAUUGUGGGUACAUCUUGCCUGCACACUCAUUCUUUGCAGAAGUUUGUAGAGAAAUCUUCAUACCAUGAAGCAUAAAGAGGGAAAACCAGCUAUUCACCCGGAUAAACAAUCUAAGAAAGUCCCCAUGGCAAUAAUGUUAGUCGUGCUAUGCGGGUUUUCAUUCUAUCUUGGUGGAAUCUUUUGUUCAGAAAAGGGCAAAAUUGCAACGCAGGAAGUCAGUAAAAAGGUCGAAACUCCCAAAGAGACAGCUGCAGGGUCUCUCCAAAUUAAAGCUGUAACCUUUCCUGAAUGCAGUCCAGAGUUUCAGGAUUACACACCAUGCACAGAUCCGAAGAGGUGGAAGAAGUACAGCAUCCAUCGGCUUUCUUUCAUGGAGCGCCAUUGCCCUCCGGUGUUUGAAAAGCAAGAAUGCUUAGUUCCCCCUCCUGAUGGUUAUAAGUUGCCUAUUAGGUGGCCAAAGAGCAAAGGCGAAUGUUGGUACAGGAACGUUCCAUACGAUUGGAUCAACAAACAAAAAUCAAAUCAACACUGGCUGAAGAAAGAAGGGGAGAAGUUCCUCUUCCCUGGUGGAGGCACUAUGUUCCCCAACGGUGUCAGUCACUAUGUCGAUUUGAUGGUAGACUUGAUUCCAGGAAUGAAAGACGGGACAAUCCGAACUGCCAUUGAUACUGGAUGUGGGGUUGCUAGUUGGGGAGGCGAUUUACUAGAUCGUGGGAUUCUCACAGUCUCUCUUGCCCCCAGAGAUAAUCACGAGGCUCAAGUUCAGUUCGCUCUAGAGCGAGGAAUUCCUGCAAUUCUGGGCAUCAUCUCAACACAAAGACUUCCUUUUCCGUCUAACUCUUUCGACAUGGCACACUGCUCAAGAUGCCUUAUUCCAUGGACCGAAUUCGGUGGAAUUUACCUCUUAGAGAUACAUCGUAUUCUCCGACCUGGUGGUUUCUGGGUGCUGUCUGGGCCGCCAGUAAACUAUGAGAAUCGUUGGAAGGGAUGGAAUACAACUAUUGAAGAGCAAAAAUCAGACUACGAAAAGUUGCAAGAAUUGCUAACUUCCAUGUGUUUCAAAUUGUACAACAAGAAAGACGACAUCGCCGUUUGGCAGAAAUUAUCUGAUAACAGCUGCUACAAGAAGCUUGAGGUGCCAGAUAACUACCCCGCGAAAUGUGAUGAUGGUACUGAACCUGAUUCAGCAUGGUACACUCCUAUUCGGCCUUGUGUCGUUACCCCUAACCAGAAGUACAAAAAAGUAGCACUAAAAUCCCUUGCAAAAUGGCCGGAACGCCUGCACACCGCUCCCGAGCGUGUUGCUGAUGUCCGUGGCGGCAGUGAUGGGGCUUUCAAGCACGACGAUAGCAAAUGGAAGACACGGGUAAAGCACUACAAGAAGUUGCUCCCCGCUAUAGGAACCGAUAAGAUAAGAAACGUCAUGGACAUGAACACUCUGUAUGGAGGUUUCGCUGCUGCUUUGAUCGAUUAUCCUCUGUGGGUCAUGAAUGUUGUUUCCUCGUACUCGCCGAACACGCUCCCCGUGGUGUAUGACAGAGGCCUCAUCGGGACGUAUCAUGACUGGUGCGAGGCUUUCUCCACGUAUCCUCGGACAUACGAUCUUCUUCAUCUCGAUGGUCUUUUCACUGCUGAAAGUCACAGGUGCGAAAUGAAGUAUGUUCUGCUGGAGAUGGACCGCAUUCUCCGUCCCAACGGGUACGCCAUCAUCCGCGAAUCAAGCUACUUCGUGGACGCUGUAGCUACACUAGCAAAAGGCAUGAGAUGGGGGUGUCAUAAAGAAGAAACGGAAUACGGGGUCGAAACAGAAAAGAUACUGAUAUGCCAGAAGAAACUAUGGUACUCAUCAAAGCAAAGCUCAAGAUGAGCAGAGCAUAGCAUGUGGGGAUAAGGUUUGUUUCAUGUAGAGAUCAAAAUACCUUUAUAAUUCAUACCAGAAGCCCAUAGGAGACAAGUUCUACAUUGAACACAGGAACGAAUCAUUUGUUGUUGCAAGAAUUUGAGGUUCAGAUCCUCCAAAUGGAGAAGAAGAAUUAUCAGAUCCCAAUAACCAGAUUAUUACAAGUGAUGUUUUUUUCUUGACAUAAUAUAUUCUUUGUAAGGCUCUCUAUGGUUAUUAUCUCUUGUAUUUCCCAUUUUUCCUCUAUUCACUCUCUUGAAGCUGUGAAAAUGUUUAAGGGCGUUGUAAGUCGCAGCUGCCUAUCAAACCUUUUUAUUUAUUUACAAUGGAUAAUACUAUUUCAAAUUUCAACCAA